CCCUUCCAGAUGGCAGGUCGCCGGUGGGCCGCGACGUCAGCCCUCUGCAUGUGCGUGGCGGCCGUGUCUCUCCUGCACGCCGGCGGGGUGCGGGCGGACUGCUGGCUCAUCGAGGGGGACAAGGGCUUCGUCUGGUUGGCCAUCUGCAGCCAAAACCAGCCCCCCUACGAGUCCAUCCCCCAGCAGAUCAACAGCACCAUCGUGGACUUGCGGCUGAACGACAACAAGAUCAAGAGCGUGCAGUAUGCCUCGCUCAGCCGCUUCGGCAACCUGACAUACCUCAACCUGACAAAGAACGAGAUCUCCUACAUCGAGGACGGUGCCUUUUCAGGACAGUUCAACCUCCAGGUGCUGCAGCUGGGUUACAACCGACUGAGGAACCUCACUGAGGGCAUCCUCCGGGGCCUGGGGAAGCUGGAGUACCUCUAUCUCCAGGCCAACCUCAUCGAGACCGUCACCCCCAAUGCCUUCUGGGAGUGCCCCAACAUAGUGAACAUUGACCUGUCCAUGAACAGGAUCCAGAGACUGGACAGCAACACUUUUCGGGGCCUAAACAAGCUCUCUGUCUGUGAACUCUACAGUAACCCUUUCUACUGCUCCUGCGAGCUCCUCGGCUUCCUGCAAUGGCUGGAGGCUUUCACCAACAUGACACGCACCUACGACCGGAUGCAGUGCGACUCCCCGCCCGACUACAUGGGCUACUACUUGUUAGGCCAAGGCCGGACUGGCUACCGCAAUGCUCUGAGCAUGCUCUCUUCCCUUUGCACUGGUGGCUCCUACACUGUGAUCCCUCGUUUUAUCCCUCCCAGGUACCAGGUGACCACGGUGCCCUCCGAAAGCCCCUGCUCCGAGGAGGAGUGCUCCUCUGGCGACGGCACGACGCCGCAGUUCUCCCUCUUCACGCCCAUCGGUGAGACGGAGGUGCGCCCCAACAUCCAGGUGAAGCACCUCAACCACAACUCGGCCGUCCUCACCGUGCAGAUCCCCUACCCCUUCAGCAAGAUGUACAUCCUCUCCCAGUUUGAAAACGGCUUCUCCUCCAUGAUCACCAAGCUCAGGAAGAAGGAGGAGAACAUCACCGUGAGCAACCUAGUAGCACAAAGAGAUUACACCUACUGUGUAGUCUCUGUUCACCAGUACUCCAAGUACAACCACACCUGCGUCACCAUCACCCCCACCAGACCCAACCGCAAGGAGCCGGUGCCCACCCCCUCCACUGCCACCCAUUAUAUCAUGACAAUCCUGGGCUGUCUCUUUGGCAUGGUGAUUGUCCUGGGUGUGGUGUAUUACUGCCUCCGGAAGAGGCGCCAGCAGGAGGAGAAGCACAAAAAGGCUGCCGGCAGCAUGAAGAAGACCAUCAUCGAGCUGAAGUAUGGGCCGGAAAUGGAGACCACCAGCAUCACCCAGCUGUCCCAGGGACAGAUUCUGGGUGGGGAGACAGUGACCCGCAUCCCCUACCUACCUUCUGCUGGUGAGGUCGAGCAGUACAAGCUGAUUGAGAGCAGCGAGACCCCCAAGGCCACCAAGGGAAACUACAUGGAGGUGAGGACGGGUGAGCAGCCUGAGAGGCGAGACUGUGAGCUGUCCCUGCCGCCAGACACCCAGGGCUCUGUGGCUGAGAUCUCCACCAUUGCCAAGGAGGUGGACAAGGUGAACCAGAUCAUCAACAACUGCAUCGAUGCCUUGAAAUCCGAGUCCACCUCCUUCCAAGGGGUGAAGUCGGGGGCAGUCUCCACGGUGGAGCCUCAGCUGGUGCUCUUAUCAGAGCAGAUCCCCAGCAAGCACGGAUUCCUUUCCCCUGUCUACAAGGAAAGCUACAACCACCCUCUCCAGCGACACCACAGCAUGGAGGCGGCCCCCAAACGCUCCAGCACCUCUUCCAGUGGCUCCAUACGGAGCCCCAGGUCCUACCGCUCCGAGGGAUCGGGCCACAAAUCCGAAGCCAAAUACAUUGAGAAGACAUCCCCCACCACCGACACCAUCCUCACUGUGACACCGGCUGCCGCCAUCCUGCGGGCAGAGGCGGAGAAGAUCCGCCAGUACAGCGAACACCGGCACUCGUACCCCAGCUCACACCCAGGGGAGCAGCACGACAGCAUGGGCGGGAGGAAACCCUCCAUCCUGGAGCCUCUGACCCGUCCUCGCCCCAGAGACCUGGCCUACUCCCAGCUCUCGCCUCAGUAUCACAACCUGAGCUACACCUCCAGCCCAGAGUACACCUGCAAACCAUCGCACAGCAUCUGGGAGCGCUUCAAACUCAACCGCAAGCGGCACAAAGACGAGGAGGAGUACAUGGCAGCCGGCCAUGCCCUACGCAAAAAGGUCCAGUUUGCCAAAGACGAGGAUCUUCACGACAUCUUAGACUACUGGAAGGGCGUCUCUGCCCAGCAAAAGUCCUGAGUCCUCACACAACUCGUGACUUAACACACUAACUGGACCAAAAGAAAUCCGCAGCAGCUAUUUUUAUUCAGACUGUCUUUGAAACAAAAUAAAAUUAAAAAUAAAAAAAAAAGAGAGAGUCAAUAAAAAAAUGAAAGAGAGAACAAAUAAUGAAAAAUCUAUAAAUAUUCUAUAUAAUAUAUAAAGUGAGAUAUUAAAAUGUCCUCACAUUGGUGAGACAUGCACCAAAUUUGAACACAAACUUUGCAAAACAAACUGUGGAGUGGGAAUAAAAAAAAGUUUUGUUUCAUUCUGAUUUUUUAAAAAAAUAUAAGAAAAAAGAAAAAAUUGAAUAUAAAAUGAAAAUGAAAGAGUGGGCAGAGAGCUGAGGUCUGGCGUUUUCCAAUAUUGCAUUGCAUGAGUCCCUAUUCCGUGAUUUUGUGGAUUCUUUGUGAACAGUUUGUGUUCUUCCUUCCUUCCCUUCCAAAAUCAACAGCGACAAAAACAGCAACAAAAACCAAAAAGAGACCAGAAGGAGCUCCAUCUUUUGGGCUGUUUUUGCAAACGGAGUCUUCCAGUUUAGACUUUUACCCGGUUGAAGGCCCGUUCACAUUUUCACUCACUAAGAGGUUUUACCACACAUUGCAUUGUAAACCGAAGUCGUUAAUUGUACAGAGAAAAUUUCUAUAUUUGCAAUGUUUGCUGUAUAAUGAGAAAGAGAGAGGAGAAAAAAAACAAUACUACAUCUACUAAAAAAAAAUAUAUAUAUAUCUAUAUUCACGUGUUUGUAUCAGGUUUUAAUCAUGGAUUUUAGAGAAAGAGAUGGAGUUUUAUUUGA